AUGGAAGGAGUUCUAACUGAUAACCAGAAGAGUCGCAGUUACUUUGAUUCCGGUGAUUUGGCUCUUUCUGCGGCGCAUCAAGUAAGCAACGAAGGUGCUAUUCGAACUGGAAGAGUCCGGCCCGAUUGCGAGAGCAUUUCCCACCCUUACUCCACGGUCCCUCACACCAGCAAUGCUGGUAAGGAUGUCAACGAGCACUUGUACAGGAAUAAGAGCUUGAGCCCCGAAGACGAAGGCGCGAAUAUCAAGCAUAAGAGCCUCAUGAACAAGGAAGAUAAGGGCGAGUUGGAUAAUAUCCUUCUGAUUGAGACUGUUGCGUUGAAGUUGAACAAGUAA